AAUGCGAUGUGCUGCACGAGUCUCAAACGGUGUACAGCUGUGUCGGAGAGACUCACAUGAGAGCGAGCAAUGUUUUGUGAGAGUGUAACAGUACACAUCACUGUCCUCAUACAUCUCCCAGGCUAUGAGGGCUUGGGUGAGGUGACCGUGAUUCUGCCUGCCUUCGAUCAAUGCACCCCACGCCGAGGUGCUGUCUCAACGGGAAUGCGCGAUCGAUCGGGUGAGGCGUGGCACGGAUUGUUAUUAUCACGCUCGCGGCACUUCUGGCGGGCAGCUGCCAAAAAUAGCGGCCGGGGGGAGCCCUCUGCUCUGGGCUGCUUUCGGACAGAGCCGGAACAGUAGCCGGGGGAGACCCAGCGAGUGUCACCGUCUGCACGUAGCUGGAGUCCAGGUGCUGCACCUCCACUACAGGAUGUCUCAUGUGAAGCGCUUUGAAGACAUUCCCAUGUCCAAGGCAAUGAGAGGGAUUUGCAAAGAGGAAGACUAUGCCUUUCUGGGCAACCUAGAGAAGUCACAGAACCAGUCGAAGGACACCAAGCACGUGGAGGAUGAAUGGAGAGGCAAUCAUGAAGACAGAGUGAGACGGAGAGAGGAGCGAGAGAAGAAGGAGCAGGAGAGGCUGAGACAGAUAGAGGAAAUGAGGAAGGAAAAGGAGCAGCAGUGGAAGGAGCACGUGGGAGCGCUGGCCGCGGAACGGGAGGCGACCAUGAAAGAGAGGGCCGUCCGGCUUCGUGACUUCAGGAGCUUCCAGAAGAAGGUUCUAGAAGAGGAGCUGGCGGCAAACAAGAGACUGGAGUGUGACGGGAUUGAGAAAACUCCUCCUGAAAAUGCAACACAGACCAUUUCACCCAACAUACACACACAGUAGCAGAGCUACACUCUAAGGCUAGCUGCCAGCACUCCUGUUCUGGAUAAUAGCUAGACAGCUUUUCAUCCUGUAGAAGUAAGUACAAAAACCAGUUUGUUUUCGUGGUGUAGUAAUAUCUUUGCCAGGUGUACAUAUUUAGAAUUCUAUGUUUCACUGUUUGGUUUUGAAAAGACUAACCAACUCAUUUUGUUAUUAUUGAGGAGAAAUUGCUAGAACUAGCAGCAUAUCAGCUCUAGCUGGACCUGCUGAAAAAAGUCAAAAAUCCCUUUUGAAUUGAAAUGUAUGUGUCCUGUCUACUCCUAUUAAACAGUUGGCUGCUGCAAAGAGAGUCUGUCAGCAACUGAGAGGUAAACACGCA